AUGUCUGCUCCCUCCGUCGCCAACUACAUUGUCAAGCGCCCCUGGCUCAAGCGCUGGAUGACUCCCCUGGCCCAUUGGUACACCGACGCCGCUGGCUACCGGAAACUCGGAUUGAAGACCCCAUCUCUUGUCACCACAGCAAUCGAAGACCACGAAGCAUUUGCGACAUGUACAGCCUUAGCGAAUUUCUCCUCGUCCCUCAUUGCCAACAUGUCACAUAUGUUACCCUCGGUCUUCCGAAUGCCGCAUCUGUCUUCAUCGUCUACUACAGCCUCUAACCCACUGCCUAGGUUCGAUGACUUGAUCCCCGAGGAGAGUGAGACCGUCCAGAAGGCCAUCAAGCGUCUCCCUUCCAAGGAGGCCUACGACCGUGUCUUCCGUAUCCGCCGCGCAUUCCAGUGCUCCAUCUCGCACACCCUCCUCCCACCUGCUGAGCAGAUCCAGCCCCACGAGGAUGUUGAGUACCUGAGCCCCAUCAUCCGCGAGAUUGAGAAGGAGAACAAGGAGCGCGAGGACCUCGACAACCUGACCGUCCGCAAGUAA